UAUAAUCGUCGUGUUAAAUAUGUAUAUGUCUAUCUUGUCGUUAAUCACAAAAUAUGAAUUUUAAAUAUCUCUAUAAAUACGAGAUAAAUGUUUAGCAAUAAUUUAGACGACAGUUAGUUUAUUGAGUAGUAACCACAUGUUCCGAAUGACUCAAUUGUUAGCAGCCAUGAGAUUGGUAUUCAUUUUUCCACUUUUACUGCAAUAUUCCUACACGACGGCAAGCGAAUGUUUGAAAAGAAAUUACGGAGAGGGAAACAUAGUUUGUGUAUGCAACGAACAGCACUGCGACACUACACCGACCAUCAAGGAGCCAUCCUCUUCUCUUGUAACGAUAUACACGUCAAAUAAAAAUGGAAAGAGAUUUGCAGAAAGUUACGGAACGUUUAGAGCUGGAUCUGGGCCCAAAGAGACGAUUGGGGAGGAGGUCUGUAAACGUAACUACGAAAAGGAGUUUGGAGCUUGUAUAAGACAUCGUAAAUCGGGCGGAAAGGAAUAUAGCGAACUGAAUAAAUCAGCAAAAAUUAACAAAAAUGAGAUUAAGAGGAUCGUGAUCGACCAAAAUAGGAUUUAUCAGAGAAUUAUUGGCUGGGGAGGAGCUUUCACUGAUUCCACGGGAAUUAAUAUAAAAAGCUUAAGCGAGAAUUUACAGGAGAAACUGAUAAGAUCCUAUUUUUCUACGGACGGAAUUGAAUACAGUUUGGGCAGAGUUCCACUCGGUGGUACUGACUUUUCAACACAUGGAUAUACAUAUAUGGAUACAGAGUUUGAUGGUAAUUACUGUGAAGAUCCCUUACUAACUAAAUUUAAACUAGCAAAAGAAGACUAUGCAUAUAAGAUACCCAUAAUAAAAGAAGCAAAAGCCCUCAACAAUGACUUAUUACUACUGACAUCUGCAUGGAUGCCACCGAAGUGGAUGAAAGAAACUCUGCAAUACCAAGGAAUGUUCGGUUUCUUAAAGAAAAGUAUGUACCAGCCUUGGGCCAAUUACUUUGUGAAAUUUUUGGAUAACUAUCUUAAUAAUAAUAUAACGUUCUGGGGAAUAACUACGGGAAAUGAGGUCUAUUUCAAUGCGGCUCAGAGACUACUUCCGGGGAUCUUGUGGACGCCUGGGGAAAUGUCAAUAUGGAUUAAAAAUUACUUGGGACCGACACUAAGAAAUUCACAGUAUAGCGACAUAAACAUCCUAGCCAUUGAUGAUGUCAGACCGUUUUUGACACAUGCAGUUCAUGAGAUUAUGGCAGAACCAGAAAACAGGGAAUUUAUUGACGGUUUUGCAAUACACUGGUAUUUUGACAACGAGACAAAUGCCUAUAUGUUAAAUGAAAUAAAUGAGGAAUAUCCAGAAAAGUUUAUGCUUUAUACUGAAGCUUGCCUUGGUGUCGAAGAGGAGUUUAAUGUGUUGCUUGGUUCGUGGGAGAGGGGAGAAGCUUAUGCAAAUAAUAUAAUUCAGGUGGUCAACCGAUGGGUAACCGGCUGGAUUGAUUGGAACAUGGCUCUUGACCUAAGAGGCGGACCAACGUACAUCGACAACUUUGUUGAUUCCCCAAUUAUCGUCAACGCAACAGGUCAAGAAUUUUAUAAACAGCCCAUGUACUACGCUCUUGGACAUUUCUCUAAAUUUGUUCCCAGAUAUUCAGCCAGAAUAUAUUCCAAUCAGUGUGACGAGAAUGUGAAAGUGGUUGCGUUUAAACGACUAGAUAAUGCAGUUGUAGUCGUUGUUAUGAAUCCGACAAACAGUACCCAACAAAGAAGCUUUUAUGAUACAAUCAAAGGAGAACUAGUUUUGAAUUUAUCACCUCGUUCAAUAACUACAUUUUUGUACAAAUAAUGUAAAUAGUAAUAUUUAUUAAAGUUUUGUUAAGAAUA